GUCAUCACAUCUCCUGGCUGAGAAGAUGAAGGACAGAGAGGUGGCUGCCCUGCUCCUCAUGCAAAGCAUGAUUGCUCUGAAUGGAACAAUGGCAGCAACAGAAAUGACCCCUUAUCUCAAUGUGACACCUCUGUACCCAACUCAGCCUAGCAAGACAACUGGUGAUCUACGCACAUCCCCAAAGCUCUUUACUAAUGUGUCCGGCUCUGUGGAUGAAGAGGGAACUUGUCAGUGCUCUGUGUACUUGCCAGAUACCACCUUUCCAGUACAGAAGGCUGAGAAACUGGAAAUUAUAGCUGCAACGCUCUCAGAAAAAUUUGAGAGAGAGCUUUCUCAAGUUAGAGAGUACUCAAAAAGGAUUGAACUGUAUCAGCAGAAAAUCCUUAAUCUAACCAUAAGAGUGGAGCAUAUGGAGAAGAGCAGUGUGUCUUACACAGAACUGGACUUCCAGUUACUGAAAGUGGAAAUCAGUGACCUAGAGAGACUGGUCACUCAGCUGAAGCCCAGCGUUGUUGGAAGCAAUGUCAUCGUUGAGCAAAUAUAUUUGGAGAUCACAAAUCUGACUAUAUUGGUAAAUGAGCUAGAAUCACUGGACAAAAACAAUAUCCUUGCAAUUCGUCGACAAAUCGUGUCUCUGCAGAAUCGAUUGAAAGAGUGUGAAGAGAGCACAAACAAAACUACAGUACCUCCUUAUUUCCCACCAGGAAGCUGUAUUCACCGUGGACUGCUGAAUAUUAGCCAGCCCUAUAUUGCAAAGCUGAACUGGAGAGGCUUUUCCUACAAAUACGGUUCCUGGGGUAGAGAUUACUCUCCUUCUGACCCAGAGAAGGAAGUCUAUUGGGUUGCACCAUUGAACACGGAUGCGAGAUACUUGGAAUACUACAGAAUUUAUGCUUCCUUUGAAGAUUUGCUCCUGUUUAAACCUUUGUAUGAAAGUAGAAUAACAUAUGGGGAAGGAAGUGGUGCUGCCCUUUAUAAUAAUUUUUUGUACUAUAAUGCUGCUUAUAGUACAAGAUUUAUGGUGAAGCAUAAUUUAAAAACAAACAGCAUGGUUUUGAGAAAGGAGCUUCCAGAUGCUGUUACUGGUAACCGUUUCUCUUAUGCAGGUGUAUCAUGGCAAGCCAUAGAUUUUGCUGUGGAUGAAAGUGGUCUGUGGGUAAUAUAUUCAACAGAAAAUAGCAUGGGCAACAUUGUGAUUAGCAAACUCAAUGAGACCACACUUGAUGUGCUAAAUACUUGGCAGACAAGACAGUACAAGCCAUCUGUUUCCAAUGCUUUCAUGGUAUGUGGUGUUUUGUAUGCCACAAGGCCAAUGAACACUAGGAAAGAGGAAAUCUUCUACAUGUAUGACACGAGUACUGGCCAAGAAGGUAGGAUUAGUGUCAUUAUGGAUAAAAAAUUGGAUACAAUCCAGAGUAUUGAUUAUAGCCCCACAGAUCAGAAACUGUAUGUUUACAAUGAUGGUUACCUUCUCAGUUAUGAUGUCACCUUUCAACCUUAGUUUCUCUGUGACAUAACCAUGCUAUAAAACUGGCAGCAACUAACAUGAGAGAUCUGAUAUGCCUUUAGACAAUGCUAUUGCCAGUUUAGGGUUCAUCUGGUUUCAUGUACUCUGUCUGUGGCUGUUGUAUCUUAUACUCUUUAGAGGAAUUGCCCACUCUGGUCAGUAGUAUUGCUGCCAGCAGUGUUUGGCAGUACUGCGUUCUUCAGGUUUUGAUUGGUGUUUGUUGGUGCUUGGUGCUUUACAAUUAUCCUGCCUCUAAAGGUAGAUUUACUGCAUAGAUUUAGUGCAUUUUGUUCACAGAAACUGAUAGGCACAACCUAUUUACUGGCCGAGAAGCUAAUUACCCACUGAUGUGCAUUUGUCAGUGUAGCACUGGCAAGGCGUCCAGAAACUUAGAAUGUGUUUCUAGUGAUCUUCAUCGGAGUGAAUUGAUGGCCUCAGAGGAAUUAAUCAAAGGGUUAAAAUAGUGUAGGAAGUAGACUUGGGUGAAAGACAGAAACCCAUUUUCUUAGGCACAAGUUGUAGUACCUGGCUCAAGGCUUCAGGGAGGAAGGCAGAAAUGCACUUUGCUGUUUGCAGCCCUGUCGCAGGUAGAGGAGAGAAUGCACCGGGACAGUCACAGAGCUCACUGCCCUUGCUGUCACUGAUGCACUGAGAUAGCUGCCCCUGUGACCCCACCCUUAGCUGCCUCCCCUCACCUCAGCCCUCUCUCAAGCUGCCACAGCACCAGACUGGCUUCCCAGAGUGAAGACAGGGGCAAAACUGGCAGCAGGGCUUUUGCCAACUUUCUGUCUGUACCACUCUGCUCCACUUUGUAAUGCUCUGUGCCUAGACCUGGCCUUACAAGUGGUCUCAUUGCAGUCUAGCCAUGUUGUGUGGUCAUGAUGGCUCCAUUUUCCUGGCAGUACAGUGCAAGAAACCUUGUUUUCCUUUCCUUUAUGCUCUUGUAAGUUGAUAUAAAUCCUCUCACUUAUUUUAUUGGUCUUGGGUGGCUUUUAGGUAUAUACCAUGCAUUGCUAUAGAAUGACAGUCAUGUUAUUCAAUGUGCCUCUAUUGAACAUUUUUGCCAUUCUGUAACUAGAUUCCUGAGAGACUUGUUAAUGUAGGGUCCAAUUUGCUCCUUGGGUCAUUCUGUCUUACAGCAAAGUAAGAGGUCUUGUGGAAAAUAGAAGUCUGGUCAAACUAGCUGGAUAUAUGUGUGUUUGUUUGUUUUUAAAUGGGCACUGUGUAAUCGUUUUUGAGUGUGCGCACUGUGUCAAUGUCUUACCUUCAGCAUGUCAGCAAGCUAAAAUACUGAAAUUCAGGGCUCCACAAUGAUGAAGAAAGCAGCUCAUGUAGUCCAUUUUCUUCUGUUAUCUAUUCAGUCACUUCUGUGUCCUUUGAUAAUCAAAAUCAAUGCAUAUGCAAAUGAUUGGUUUUUGUUGUAAUAAAAACUGUAUUUCAA